CUCUCCGCUGUGCUGGAAUCCUGCCAGUCAGUUCUCUGGGUGUGUAUAGGAAAUGAUCGAUGCCGAGAAUUUUCCUGGAUUUUCUAAGAAUUGAGAUUUUUCCCGAGCGGAUCCUCACCUCGGGAGUACCGGCGUUGGGACGGGCAGGACGCCGGGAUUUAUAGUGGAGUUUUUGGUUUCACCACCUGUUGAGUCUCCAUUAUGAAGAUCUGAAGGUGCUGUAUUAUGGAUUCCCUGUGUCUGUCGCUUUGUCCUCCACCAAGGUGAACUCUGACCUUCCCGUGUGUCCUGCUCCUCCUCCGCCCCAGUAUGCGGCAUCUAUCCCAACUGCUUCUCCUACUCUUCCUCAUAAGAGACUGCUUGGCAUCAACAUGGCAGUGCCCAAAAAGACCCUUCGUGUCUUUAGAUGCCGAUGUCCGAUAUAACCUCUCCAGCUUCACCGCACCGACCGCUAUCCAAAAUGUGGCCGCCAAGAAUGGGCCUCUACUCUUCAUUGCCACCACCAAUCACCUCUAUGUUCUGAAUGCUACCAACCUUCAGGUCGUGCAGGACCUCAUUACUGGUCCCACCAACAGCUCCGCGUGUGAACUGUGCUCCCAAUGUAAGAUGGGCGAUGCCCGCCCGGCCCAGGCCGAAGACACGGACAGCAAAGUCUUGGUGAUGGAUCCAGAAGAAGACGUUUUGAAUUUGUACAGCUGUGGUUCUUCUCUCCGUGGAGUUUGUUUCGUCCACGAAUUUGACAGCUCUGAAAUCUUGAGCUCCUCCUGCUUGUUCCGUGAAUCCUUCAACUCUCCUUCCUGGUGCCAGGACUGUGUCGCCAGCCCCCUCGGCACAGUGGUUACAGCCGUCGAUCACUUGAAGUCCAUCAAUUUAUAUAUAGCCUCAUCGGUGGAUUCCAGUAUGAAGGGGAACUAUGGUACCACGUCCGUGUCCAUCAGGCGAGUGCGGGCCGCACAUGAUGGCUUGGCAGAGUUUCACAAUUUGACUGUUCUUCCUACCUUCAUGGACAAAUACCCCAUCCAGUAUGUCUACACAUUCAGUACUCCGAGAUACGUCUUCUUCUUGACGAUACAGCUGGAGAACCCACACUCCAGAAACUACCACAGCAGGUUGGUGCGUCUGAGCGCAACAGAGCAGGACAUGAAAAGUUACCGGGAGCUGGUCUUGGACUGUCGGAUUGAGCUGAAGCGGCGUCGCAGAUCAGAACCCGAAACCUUCAACCUCGUCCAAGCAGCUCAUGUUGUUGCUGUGGGAAAGGAUCUGGCCACGGAGAUGAACCUGGACGACGGUGAUCUGGUGCUGUUUGCCACGUUUGGCCAAAGCGAGCCGCAGAGCGACAAACCUCGCCGCAAGUCUGCCCUCUGUGCCUUUCCGCUAAAGCUCAUCGACUACUCCAUCGCUGAGGGGAUGAGAAAAUGCUGCAGUGUGGAGUACAAAGAGAAACUUCAGAGAGGACUUACCUACUACCAGACCGAGUCCUACUGCCCCCAAAAUGUAAAUGAGUCGGCGCCAGAAACGGAUCACAGCUGCUGGGCCGUCCCCACAUUGGUCACCCCACCACUCAUACGUGUUGAUUUAUUUAAUGGAAGGAUGAAUGAUACCCUCCUGACGUCUCUAUAUGUCACCACCCAGGAGGCGCUCACCAUUGGGCACCUUGGCACCUCUGAUGGGAGAGUGCUGCAAGUGAUUCUCCAGCGCAACAGCAACCCCCUGAUCCUGUCCAACUUCUCGCUGAGCACUGAGUCUGUGUCCCGGGAGGUGACCCGCAUUCGGGAUGAUCUAUUUUUUGUCACUGGAAAACAGGUGACAAAGGUCAGCGUCGCAACGCCAGGGUGUCACCAUCUCCUCAGUUGUAGCCGCUGCCUUCGUGCCCCUCGUUUCAUGGGCUGUGGCUGGUGUGAAAAUGGCUGCGUGCGAGGGCCCGAGUGCCAGGGAAAAUGGAAUCAGGACUUCUGCCUGCCCAUUAUUAAUGAUUUUUAUCCUACAACGGCUCCUCUUCGUGGCAGCACCACAAUCACCAUUUGUGGAAGAGAUUUCCAGUCCCAGCAGGUGUACAAUCAGCCAGACAGCGUGCUGGUCUCCGCACAGACGCACAAAGUCAUGGUCGGCCAGCGGAGCUGUUUUGUCAAUCCAGAGCAGAGUGACGCUAAAAGGCUGGUAUGCACAUUGCAGAAAGACGGCCUUCCAGAUUCUGCGUCACCUGCGGAUGUCGUCGUCACCAUCAAAGAAGAUCUAAAAGAUGUGAAUUAUUACAUAGAUGGAAGUGCUACGGCCAGCGGAUUCACCUUUGUGGAGCCGAUCUUGACCUCGGUCUCUCCAUCCUUUGGACCUCUAGCUGGCGGAUCCCUGUUGACACUAAAGGGAAAGGACCUGAUGGCGGGAAAGUCUCAGCGCGUGUAUAUUGGGGACACGCUUUGCAACAUGGACAAUGAGUCUUGUCCCGCCGGUGACUUGUGCUGUCAGUCCCCUCCUGCCACCUCCGUUGGACCAGUCGAUAUCACUCUUUGGUUGGACGAAGCUCAGCUCUCUUACGUAGAACCAUUCAUGUACAAACCUAACCCGGUGAUCUAUAGUAUCCAGCCUAACUGCAGCUUAGUAGGGGGGACGUCCAUCACCAUUCAUGGGGCCAACCUGGAUUCCAUCUCCAAAGUCACCAUCUCCUACAAAGGCAUGAAGAAGACGUGUCAAGGGUCCUUUUCUCCAAACCGCACCCUCUGCGGCACCCCAUCUCUGCCAUACAAGAAGGAAAGUUACGGGACCCUUGGUGUACAAAUGGACGGGUUCUCCUACAACCAUUCCAAAAAGUUUGAAUACUUCAAAGACUACAUCGUCCACCCUUUUGAGAACGAGGACUUUCGCUUUAAGCUGAAGAAAGGCGAUACGGAGAUAAGUACCCAUCAUGAAAACCUCAGAUGGGUGAGCAACUGUUUGAACAUCUCCAUGACCGUCGGCGGACGAGAGUGUUACCCAAAAGUGUUGGAAAACGAGAUCACCUGUAGGGUACCCAAAGAUAUGGUGAUCCCAUCAGAGGGCUUGGUGGUAGAGGUGUGCGUGGAAGGUGUCUGCACUGAGCUGGGUAAGGUCGUAGUCGUUAAUCUCCUGGAUCCGGUGCUGGGAAUAGUCCUGGGAACGGUGGCCGCCUUAUUGAUCUGCGUUGUAUUGGGCUUCCUGAUCUGGAAGCAGCAGAAAUUUGGACAGAAGAAAAUUGCAGAGAACAUGGAAUUAUUGGUGAAUAAUAACAGAGAAACCCUUUCCUCCCCGACGGGCAAUCCCAUCCACUCCAUGCACAUCGACUACAGAGAGUCUUACAUCCCCAGCAGCAGCUCUGGUGGCGGGCAUUUCCACGGGGCCAUUUACUCUGGAAAUAGUAUUGGGACCAGCUCCAUGCCGCUUCUCAUCACCAACGUCCUGGACAACCUGAGGCCGGAGCUGCUAGACGAGGUGAAGGACGUUCUGAUCCCGGAGGGCCAUCUGAUCCUCCACCGCGAUCGCAUCAUUGGGAAAGGACAUUUUGGCAGUGUGUACCACGGGACGUACUGUGAAGAGGAUGGCCAGGAGAUGCACUGCGCUGUCAAGUCUCUCAACAGGAUAACGGAUGUGGAGGAGGUGGAGGAGUUCCUUAGAGAAGGGAUCCUGAUGAAGAGCUUCCAUCACCCGCAUGUCUUGUCCCUCAUUGGGAUCUUCUUACCGCGGGAGGGUCUUCCCUUGGUGGUCCUGCCAUACAUGUCACAUGGAGACCUGAGACACUUCAUCCGCAGCGAGGACAGAAACCCCACGGUGAAGGAUCUGGUCGGGUUCGGUCUGCAGGUUUCCCGGGGAAUGGAAUAUUUGGCCCAGGAGAAGUUUGUACACCGAGAUCUGGCGGCACGGAACUGCAUGCUGGACGACGCGUACCGGGUGAAAGUGGCAGAUUUCGGCCUGGCCCGCGAUGUCUUUGACAAGGAAUACUACAGUGUGCGUCGUCAUAAAAACACGCGGCUGCCGGUGAAGUGGAUGGCGCUGGAGAGUUUACAGACGCAGAAAUUCACCACCAAGAGUGAUGUGUGGUCAUUCGGGGUGCUGCUGUGGGAGCUGAUGACUCGGGGAGCCCCCCCAUAUCCAGACGUAGACCCCUAUGACAUCACCCGAUACCUGUACAAGGGGAGACGCCUUCAACAGCCAGAGUAUUGCCCGGACCCACUAUACACCCUCAUGUUGCAGUGCUGGAGCCCACACCCAGAUGAGAGACCGACCUUCACCCAACUGGUCAACGAGAUGGAGACCAUUUCCAACUCCCUUAUGGGAGAUCACUACAUCAAUCUGAAUGUGACCUACAUCAACCUGGACAGGGACCUCCCUUUCCUGCCGGCACCCCCCGCAUCGGAGGAUGAGCUGGAGGAAGAGUCGUCCCAGGAAGAAGAGGAAUCCGAUGGCAUACUCUGAGGGCCGAUAGGGAACGUCCUUCUUCAGCUCUGAGGAGACCCUCAAAAAAACUGGAACUGAAAGGUUGUCGGCCCCCUAGAUCUGGAGUCCCUGGACCCCCCCCCCCCAGAAUGUUCCAUUUGCACAGUGUGAAGACACAACCAAUAGGACCAAAACAAAACGGAGCAUGCGCGUUUGUUAUACGAGUUGCACAAGUACAGAAGAUGAGCUGCAGGUUGUAGGAGGACCCGAGCCGUUCAUAUCAGCGACCAAUAAAAAGGACAAUUUUAAGACUGUAUUUAUUUUUAUUGGUGGAGCAGCACAGAGCGGCAUGUGC